AUGGAGGAAGUUGGAAGAAAAAAUUCUGUCCGUAAGUUUGGAAGUCGUAUGUCUCCAUCCGGACUUCAAUCUAUGAUUGAAAGUAUGAGUUCUGAACAAAGACAAGCGGUAAAAGAUAUCGGGUUUGGUGUUUUUCUUGAGUUGGGCUUUGGCGCUCUAAACAAUAAGCUAAGUCUUUGGCUUAUUGAGAAUUUUGACCCAUAUAGUCGUACAUUAUAUGUACGAGAUGGGAAGAUCACGAUUGACCGAGAAGAUGUCCAAGUGACUCUUGGACUUCCUAUGGGUUCUAAGGCUGUGAAGGAGGCAAUAAAGGAUGAUGACAAUGAAGAAUAUAGUAUUCUUUUGGAACAAUGGAGGAGUAUAUGGGGUUUGGAUAAAGGAAGCCCUAAAACUACAAAAAUGCCGGAGAGGAUUCUUACUUUGGGGGCCGAAGAUGAUUUCAAGAGAAGUUUUGUUGUUUUUGUUGUUUCCUCGUGUUUGCAUGGGCAUAAGAAUCAAUUUUGCAACUACAAGAUUUUGUUUUCACUCAUGCACACAAGUGAAAUAAGUCAAAUGGAUUGGUGCCAAUAUACAAUUGAUUGUUUAAUCGAUGCAAUCCUGAUUUGGAAGAAAAAUCCAUGUGGUUUCACGGGAUCUCUAUUAUUUCUCACGUUAUUCUACUUGGAUAGGGUGGAAUUCAUAGGAUCGCAAAUUGAAAGGAAGGCUCCGAUUCUAUGUUGUUGGAACGCUAAGGCUAUAGAAGAAAGAUGUAAGGCAGAGUUAAAGGCCGGAAAUUUUGGGUUUGGAAGGAUUUUGCCUCCUAUACGAAUCAAAAGUGAUGUCGACACAAUUAUUAAUGAUAUUGUACCAGUCCAUUCUACAACAAAUGAUCAAGGAGAGUCAUCACGAAAAUCUACAGAGCUAGAUUACACUGGGGAAAAGAUCACUUUGUUGUUGCUUGCCAUGACUGGGUAUGGUCCUUAUACUGUCAGCUAA